GAGGUUUCUGAUUCUCAUUAGAAAUAGUGUUCCACAUGUUAUUUUAUCUUUUCUUUUAAGUGAUGCUGAAUCAAACCUCAGUCACUGAAUUUCUCCUCCUGGGACUGACAGACAUCCAAGAAGUGCAGCCUUUUCUCUUUGUGGUUUUCCUCACCAUCUACUUUGUCAUUGUGGCUGGGAAUGGAGCUAUCCUGAUGAUUGUCAUCUCUGAUCCAAGGCUUCAUUCACCUAUGUAUUUCUUCCUGGCAAACCUCUCAUGUCUAGAUAUCUGCUACUCCACAGUGACACUGCCGAAGAUGCUAGAGAACUCCUUCUCUACACACAAAACAAUUUCUUUUGUGGGAUGCGUAAGCCAGCUUCAUUUCUUUCACUUCCUGGGCAGCACAGAGGCCACGUUGUUGGCUGUGAUGGCCUUGGACCGCUUUGUGGCUAUCUGCAGACCACUUCGUUACAAUGUCAUCAUGAAUCAUCAGCGUUGUACCCAGAUGGCUAGUACAACCUGGGUCAUUGGGUUUUUCCAUGCCCUGCUACACUCAAUAAUGACCUCUCACUUGAACUUCUGUGGUUCCAACCAAAUCCGUCACUUCUUCUGUGAUAUUAAACCAUUGCUGGAGUUGGCAUGUGGGAACAUUGAGCUCAACCAAUGGCUGCUCAAUACUGUCACGGGGGCCAUUGCCAUGGGCUUGUUUCUUCUCACAAUUCUCUCCUAUUUUUACAUUAUCACCUAUCUCAUCUUCAAGACCAAUUCUUGUAGCAUGCUUCACAGAGCAUUGUCCACCUGUGCCUCCCACUUCAUGGUAGUCAGCCUUCUCUAUGCUCCUGUUAUCUUCACCUAUAUUCGUCCUGCCACAGGCAGCUCCAUGGAUCAGGACUGGGUCAUUGCUAUCAUGUACACUGUGGUCACGCCUGUACUCAAUCUGCUGAUCUAUACUUUGAGGAACAAGGAAGUCAAGAAGGCUUUGAUCAGGGUGAUCAGAAGGAAGCUAUGACUUGAAGGACCUAGGGAACUCUUCUGUGGCAUACA